AUGGCCCAGCUCCAGGAAAAUAUCAACGGCGUCGUUGCGGCUUUCUACAUGUGCACCAGAAGCGGCGGCGACUGCAGCCCCCUGAGCAGGGAGGAGCUGAGGCAGCUCAUUGAGCAGGAGUUUGCGGACGCGGUGGCGAACCCUCAGGACCCCAAAACCAUCAAGAAGGUGCUGUGCUUCCUGGAUGAUGACAGUAACUGCAAGGUUGACUUCAGUGAGUUGCUCAGCCUGGUUUUCCGUGUGGCCAAGGCUUGUUACAAGCCGCUCCAGCAGCACCAAGCACUGGAAGAUGGUCAAGAGCCAACAGUGCAAGAGAAGGCAGGCGGGGAGCCUCUGCUGGGGCCACGCACAGCAGGGAGGGUCUCAAGCAACCAGCAGGUCCCCGAGCAGGGUGUGAACAAUUGGGUCCAGGACACUAAGACACAAGACACAGACAACUACCAAGACCAGCAGGCUGAGACACCAAAGCAGGACUGGGACAACCAUCAAACCCAGGAGAGUGAGACAUCAAAGCAGGACCAGGACACCCAUCAAACCCAAGAGGGUGAGACAUCAAAGCAGGACCAGGACACCCAUCAAACCCAAGAGGGUGAGACAUCAAAGCAGGACCAGGACACCCAUCAAACCCAAGAGGGUGAGACAUCAAAGCAGGACCAGGACACCCAUCAAACCCAGGAGGGUGAGGCACCAGAGCAGGACCAGGACACCCAUCAGGAUGACGGGACUGAAGCACCAGAAGGGGAUGCAGAGGGAGGUGAGAUUCUGGACACUGCAACCCCAGAGCAGAAGAGAAAUACCCAUAAGGCUGAAGAGACUGAGACACCAAAAGAGGACCCAAAAACCCGCCAUGCCAAAGAAACUGAGGCACUAGGACAGGGUUCAAACCACCAUCAGAGUCCAGAGGCAGAGUCAGCAGAGCAGGACCUGAAUUGUCCCUCUGAGACAGGAGGAAGAAACCCAAACAACACGACCCAGGUUUGCGAGGCCCCUCGGCAGGACCCCAACCCUGGCAAGACUCAGAAGCUGCUGCCCCCGCAGUGGGCCGCAAGCCCCCAUUGGGAUCCCAAGUCCCAGGGAACACGCUAUGACCCGGCUUUCCAUCAGCUCCCUGAAUCCAAGGUGCUGGAGGAGGAGGACAGUGGGGCAGAGGCUCUGUCCUGUCCAGCACAACAGCAACAAGAUGCUCCUCGCCAAAGACAACCCGCUAUAGAGCAACAGCUCCUGCAGCCUCUGCACCAGUGGCCACCACAGCAGUAA